GCAAGGUGUAAGCUAGACAGCUGACAUGAACAAGUGCACGACUAACUUCAGCUGAUUGUGUGACUAUAGCAGCUCAAUGUGAACUCUAAAAACUCAGAUCAGUAUCCACUGUGUUAGGAGCACAGGGAAAGAGGCACAGGCAGAGUGAUGCAGAGAGAAAAGAGGGAUACGAAGCUAGUUUGUGUGUGUGUGUGAGGGAGAGAGAGAGUGAGGACUAGGACAUCAGCAGAUGGCAUCAGUGUCUGUAAGGCUGCAAGAAGAAGAAGACGGUAGCAGGGGAAAGAGGGAGGAGAACGUGUUUGCUGUUCACUGCCUGUCGAGAUAUUUGGAGGCUUCAGGACGAUACCUUUUAAAAUUUAACAACAGAGCUGGGUGAGCCAAGUUAUUUAGUGCGUCACUGAAAAAUAAUAAUAGCCUAAUAAUAAAAAUAGGACAGCAUGCUGACUUUGCCAUUUGAUGAACAGUCCUCCAAUCAAACCAUCAGUUCAUUAAGGAUGAGUUGGACCUCUAACAAAUUAGUCAAAUUGAUUAAGCCAGAGAUUGACAGAGUCCUAGAGGAAAGCCUUGAGACCAGGAGGGAGGAUGAACUGAGGAAUGCUGAAGUGAAGGAGGAGGAAAGUGAAGCAGGAGAUCCAGCUUGGCUCAGAAGAAGGGCUUCUCAAAAAAAGAAACUGAGCCACUCUCGCCUGGACCGGGUUCGACUACGACGGAUUGAAGCGAAUGCGCGGGAAAGACACCGUAUGCAUGGACUUAACAAUGCAUUGGACAGCCUGAGAAAGGUGGUCCCCUGUUAUUCCAAGACACAAAAGCUGUCCAAAAUAGAAACCCUCCGCUUGGCCAAGAACUACAUCUGGGUUCUCAGUGAGAUCCUGAGCACUGGCAAAAGGCUGGACUUGCUCACAUUCGUCCAGACUCUGUGCAAAGGUCUCUCUCAGCCAACCACUAACCUUGUCGCUGGCUGUCUCCAGCUCAACACCUGCAGCGUCAUCUCACAACCCGACGAGGAGUCAUUGUCUCUGUACGCAGCCUAUCAUCACCAUCCUGGACCCGAGGCUGGGGGCUCCACUACAGCGGGUAGCGGUAGGUCUCUGCGACCCUUUGGCUCUUUCUGCAGCCCCUUUGAGUCUCUAAACGACAGUUCCUCUCCAGAAAGUUCUGGGUCUCUGGAUAUGGGGACUCUCAGCCCACCCUUCAACUUCAGUGGGCUUUUCACCCUCAAACACGAGGAACCGGUUGACUACCGAAGUUGUCACAAUGGUCUCCGCUAUUGUCCCAUCAAUCAGGGCUGCAGCUCAGACCUUGGUCCCUAUGACAUCCAACUCCGGGGACAGUUUUACCAGGUGCAGGGGGAAUUAAACAAGCCUUUCCAUAAUUAAUAAACAGCAUAUAAAUGGAUGUGUUAAGAAAGUCAGUACUGGCAACAAUAACGGGGAAAAAACAACUAGGGCCGCAUGAUGAGAAAGCAGUAAGUCAUCUUCAUUGAACUGUCUGGGGACAACAACCUGUAAUGUGACAGACACAGACAAACACACACACACAAGGAAAACAUGCAGAGUCCCAUAAUAAUACUAAUAAUAAUACUAAUAAUAACAAUAAUAAUAAUAAUCUGUGUUAGCUGCAUAAUGAUUUUUUCUUCUUGUGGGCCAAAUCGCUGAAGGUUUUAUCCAAAACACAUGAAUACUUUUAAAAUAUCAGGGCAUUUAUCCAGAACUUUGCUCCCUGAAACUACAUUUAAAUUGAAUGCACAGCCAUUUCUAUGCUGUUUUUCCUGCAGCUGUCAUGUUGGACGAACAGAAGAAAUGUGGUGUGAUAUCGUAAUCCUCAUGUUUGCUGCUGCUCCCAUUCCUCUCUGUUUUGCUUUACGUUGUAAAUUAUUAUAAGGAUGUCAAAUGCCUUUUGUAGGCUGUGUUUCUGUAACUCCAUUUUGUUUGUUUUUAGCAUCUACUGGGUGAAUAUUUGAUGGUGAGCUGUUGUUCUGCACUACAUCUUUACCACAUUUGUCACAGCUUUGUUUUCACUGACAAAUACAUGAUAAGAAAUAAUAUUCUGCUGAUGACAACAAGUCUUUAUGAGUGUUCCAUUAAUAAUGUUUGGAUUCAGUGUGUUACACAACGAUGAAAGUGUCAGUGUUUCAGCAGCUUUUCACAGCCAGCCUUUUGACUUGAAGCAGGUAUACACUGUGUAUAUGGACGUGUAUACUAUGUUGAACUAUGUGUACUAUUUACUAUCAUUUAAAGUCUUAUUAUGUUCCUUGUGAUUGAUGUUGUGAUUUGGCACUGUGUUAAAAUUAAAUUAAUUUGACCCAAAUAAAUGUAAUAACAAUAGUUACUGUUUACUUGAGCUUAGCAUUAACAAUUAUAUUUGAAGUCUUGAUUCUUAAAUUCUGCAGAUGCAGACAUUUGGCAGAUUUGGCUGUAGUGGUCAAAGGGAAGAUUUACAUGCAAGGUCAGCACUUUGAGUGAAAUAUAAUUGUUAACUGGUGUUAUGUUAAUAAAACUCACAUAUCAUAAUGAAUUGCAUUUAAAGCAGUAUGUGACUAAUGUCAGAUUUUACAGUGGUCAUGCACUAAACAUUGACGAUAAACUUCUUCCCAGCUGUUCACAUGCUCAAUACAUUUAAUGAACAAUUUCCUCUUCCUGCAAUUUUUAAAUGUUCCAUCUAUAGAGGGAAGACUGACAGGGACAGCUCUACUACACAGCUCAUUAUAGGAGCUGUGUAGUAGAGCUUCAAUGUAAUCAAGUGAUUCAACUAAAACCAAGCGCAAUAUAACAGAUGUCAAUUGUUUCCUAAAUGUAUCGAUUUGCUAGUAUUCAGUACUUGUUUCCAUGGUAAAGUGUAGUUUCCACUGAACAGACCAAACAGAAGGACAAAUAAAUGUUUAA